AUGCGAGCUCCGAGAAUUCAUCCUUACUAUGCAGAUGUUAGAAGUUUAUCAAAUUAUAUGGAAAACAAUUCACGAUAUUCGUUGGCGUAUUUACUUCGAACACGAUGUCGUCGAUUUUUAUUAUUAAUAAGCUUACUAAUGAUUAUUCUAAUUUGUGGUCUUGUGAUUCCACUAACAAUCAUUUUAAGUCGUGACAAAAAAACACAUCAAUCACCACCACCAACAACAACAGAUAUAACUUUAAAUUCAACAACAAACACAACAACAUUUGAUGAUUCAACAAUAAAUAUUGAUACAUCAAUAACUAACACUGUUACUGAUAUUUAUUUUUUAUCAAAUAACACAUUGGAAAAUGAUAUUAAUAGUAGUAUCAUCUUGACCACCGAUACUAUCAUAGAUACUAAUUGGACAAAACAUACAUUUACAUCGACACCAGAUUCAAUAAUCUCUAGUGAUUCGAUUAGAAGAAAGUUCAAUCAUUAA